UGCACCGAUCGCACCUGCUAUUUCUCUCUUAGCUCGUUCGUCUGGUGGUAGUAAAUAGUAUAGAAACAAUAAUUACUCAUUGUCCGGCAAUGUACGAACGUCUCUGACUGCGCCACCGAGGAUGCCACCUUCGCGGAUCGCUCGCGGCGGUGUUCGGGAUCCGCGGGGUCCCUUUCACCGUUGGGGGUAUCCUUGUGCAUAUAUAUACAAGCUUUCGGUUAGGAUACUCUUGGCAAUGGAUCGGCAACCGGCGCCACAGUGCAAACGAAGCAACUGGUAAAGCAACAUUUGCGAGCCGGCCUCUGCCGAGAUCGCUAAGAUGUGGACCCGCAGUUUGAAGUGUUCUCUGGUUGUGGUGCUUUUCGCGUGCGCGUUUCACGCCGGCUCAGGUAGCGUAUCAGCUGGUACGCGCGAUGGAGCCAGUGCACCUGCAUUAAGCAGCGCCGGUGCGCUUGAAGACGCAGAAAAUAUUUCUGGCGCUCACGAUAGUAAUAAGGGAAUUCGUAGUUACGGCAGCACCGGUUUUCCCCGCGAUAACAAUGCUUAUAACCGUGGUGUAAAAUCUUACGGCACGCCUUCGGGAUAUGGCGCCAGUCAUGAUCACGGAAUAAAAGGCGCAGGUCACGUCUAUAAUAAGAACGACUGCUCUAAAUGCAAAUGGGAGAAUGACGAUUACUGGGAACGAGAUGAGCCGGAGGAGGAGGGGGACGAAAACGAUGGGGAUGAAUGCGAUGAUGGCCAAUAUAGGCCCAGCAAUAAAGCGCAUCAUCACGGUCCUGGUAGAGGACACAAACCAGGAUCGCAUCCAUCCGGAGUACACAAGACGGGACCUACGGGCGUCUACGUUGAUGACGGCGUCAAGGCAGAUGGUAGCCUUGGCGGGCCUUUAGACGGUACCAACUAUCCGGGAACAGGAUAUACGAGACCAGUCAGUGGCUAUGAAAGCACCCCGAGACCUGGAUCCAGCUGGAAUACUCCAUUUACUGAUACAUCAAAGCCUGGAUAUGGCAGCGUAGCCACGGGUGCUUUUGGAACAACACCGAUCUCUUGGUCAAACUGGAACCAAGGGACAACACCGAGUGGUUUUGGCUCUUCGCCAAAGUCGCCAUGGGAAAGUGGACAUGACGGCAGGGUUCCUUCUUCGCAGGGACCUGGUGCGCCUAUUCCGAACUUCAGCGCAACGACAAAACCUGGACAAGGAUGGAACACCAAACAAUUUCCGAGCGGUUCUUCUUUCCCGGUACCACAUACAGGAAGUGGCAUAUCUUCUCCAAGUAGUUACGGAAAUCCACAGGAAAAUCUGAAUAGGCCUUACGGACAACCUGGAACACAAAGCACAUAUGCUGGCGCUUAUGCUGGAGCGAGCGUAACAUCUGGUAUUGGAAGUCCUCAUGGACAACCAUCUAACUUUGGAAGAAAAGAUCAUUAUCCGUUUGAUCUCCAUAAACCAGUAAACACCCAGGCACCACAAGGAACAUAUCAACCAUAUGGAACGUAUCAAGCACCCUCUAAUACUGAUAGCGACUACGUUCUUGGAGGUUACAACAAACCCGAACCUGGUUUUUAUAGUACGCCUGCAACUGUAACAAGUACUUUCGGAACUACCAAUAAAGGACCAUAUGGAGGAACCAGUUCACCUAGAACUGUUCUUGGAGAUCAAAUUAAUUCAUUUGCUCCUGGAAAAUCACCCGAAUCAUCAACUGAGAAUCCUUAUGUGUAUCCAGGUAUCACGAAACCGAGUUAUGGUGGUUAUAGUACUACCGCUUCCUGGUUAGGCACUGGUCAGACUGGAAGCGGAAGUAGCACUUGGCAUAGUACUCCUCAUACUGGAUUUCCAACGUCAAAUACUGGAUUUAGAACAACUAAACCGCCGUUUAGCCACGUUAGCAUCCCAAGUCCUACGUUAUCUGCUCCAUACGACAGAAGAGAACCGAAUCAACCUAAUUUUAAUGUUGCGAGUAGUAGCGCAACUGCAAGUGCUGGUACAAGCGUGUUUGGAACAUCGUCUCCUGGUACAUACAGCUCUCAUAGCAUAACAGGAACAACUCCCUCGUUAUAUGAUACAACACCAGCAUAUAGAGGAAGCUCACGUUAUACUCCCGGGGUUAAAGGUUCUGUCGGAAGUACUAGACCUGCAUAUGGAAAUGUUCCUCAUACAUAUCCUAAUAUUGAAAGUAGUACUUGGUCUGGAGGACAGCCUGGAAGCACCUCCAGACCUUGGUCUAGCGGAAAACCUGAAGAUGGAAGUGGAAUUACGCCUGAUAGGCAUUAUCCAAGCGUUAGCGGAAUUUUGCCUCACAAGCAACCUCAAGCUGGAGGCAGAGUGUGGCCUACUAGACAUCCUGCAAGCGGAAGUGGAGGUUGGCCUAGCCAACAACCUGGAGAUGGAAGUGGGACGUGGCCAGGCCAGGUACAACCAGGACAUGGAAGCGGACAUCCUACAAGCGGAAGUGGAAGUUGGCCUAGCAAACAACCUGGAGAUGGAAGUGGGACGUGGCCAGGCCAGGUACAACCAGGACAUGGAAGCGGGCCUGGAUGCAAACCAGGUGAAAAUUGUGGAGGUCCGCAAGGAAGUAGUAAUUGCGGAGGAUGUUGUGGAAAUUAUAAUUGCGAUAGCGGUUGUGGUGGAAGAGGCAAUGUACCAGCACACGGAUUGUGUGGAGCAACCGGGCCUAGUGGCGUUAAUAAAACAUAUUAUCCCGCUGGAACUGGCGAUGGAAAUGUGCCAAAUAUUGGAACUGUAUAUGCUGGACCAGAUUCAAAUUUUAAUAGAGCCGGUAUUAGGCCAAUUUAUCCUGGAACGCAAGGCGCAAGUGGAAAUGAAACACCGGAAAAUGAGCCAUGGAAUAAGGAAAAUCCAUUCUUAUAUGUAGAUGGAGGCGGUACUCCAAGCAGUGUUUCAUCUCCCUGGAUUGAAACUACAGAUAAACCAAUCGGUCAAGGAAAUCUUUUUCUCGAUCCGAAUUGGAAUAAUCGUAAUCCUGGAUACAAUGAUAGAAAUGUGAUUCCUCAUGGAGAAGAAAACCUAUUGGUCAAGCCUAUUGGUCAAGAAAAUCUUUUUCCGAAUGGUAAUAGAAGAGAAAAUAUCGGUGAUAAUCCUAGUGCUGUGAUUCCGCUCAAAGAAAAGAUACCAGAAAGUGGCGGUCCGUCAUAUGGUACACACUCAGAUAGAUCCGGAGCACCAGGAAGUUUCCCUGGCUCGGAAACACCAGGAAGUUAUCCUGGAUCGGGAACACCAGGAAAUUAUCCUGGAUCGAGAACACCAGGAAGUUAUCCUGGCUCGGGAACACCAGGAAAUUAUCCGGGAUCGGGAGCACCAGGAAGUUAUCCUGGAUCGGGAACACCAGGAAGUUUCCCUGGCUCGGGAACACCAGGAAAUUAUCCGGGAUCGGGAACACCAGGAAGUUUUCCUGGAUCGGGAGCACCAGGAAGUGGCGGUUACGGUGGUGUAAAAGGCGGUUUUCAUGCCGGCGGUGCUUCCCCACAAGAUGGAAAUAGAGCUUAUCCUCAAUCAGGAGGUAAUCCUCAAGGACCAUUACAAUGUAAGCUGGGUCUGUUUGGAUGUGGAACAGCCGGCAGUGGAAGCUACGCAGGCGAUAAAAAUCCAGGAGGAGCGUUUGGUGGAAAUGUUGGAACCGGUACUGGAAAUCCAGGAGGCGUUGGCAAUGUUCCUGGUGGGCCCGGGAAUUCCGGAAUUGGUCCUGUAUCCAGUCAUUUCGCUGUCGGCGCAGGUCAUCCCGGAUCAGGAGGGAACAAUUUAGCGGCGUCCGUUGGCGGUGCCCAGGCGAGAGCUUAUGCUGGAUCUGUCAGCUCUGCUCAAGCUUCCAGCUCUGCGCAGGCUUCCAGUUCUAGUUUUGCCGGUUCUUUCUCUGGCGCGCCAGGACCUGCCAAUAAUUUUGGCGGAAAUUUGUCUCCAAAUGGAGCACAAAAUCAAGAUGGAUCUAAUUCUUGGGCUUCUAGCGGUGCCUCCGCCUUUGCCAGUAGUAGUGCCGGAAGCUGGUCAGGAAAUCGUCCUAUCGACGUGAAGGGUUAACCAGUUUAAUAAGAAAGCGAAUAUUAAAAAAUAUAAUAAAUGCAGACGACGAUGUAAUUUCGAAAUAUAAUACACAUUUUACGUCGCCACUUAAUCAUUAAAAUACUAAACGCCUCUCAUGUAAAACUUUAUGUAUAAAGAGAUUUUAUAUUUAUAUGACGUAUCAUUCAUUUAUCGCAAUCGAUACGAAUAAAAUUUUCCUUUUUUGUACAUAUAUUACAGUUAAUCGAUCGAAAAAAUAAAUAGAUUUCCUAGAAUAAUGAUUUACGUCACAAGCACUAAUUAUCGGUUAUAUGAUCGAUAAUUGGUCGUAAUGUAAAUAUUCCAUGAAAACUCUAUAGAAUAUUCCACUAAAAACUAUUAAUUCUCAUUAUCUUUACCCUAUCAUUUUUUAUCUUAUAGAGAUAUUCCUUAAUUAAAUCUUUAAACAAAUAUAUAAAUAAGGAAUUUUCCAUAACACAGGCAAUAAUAUUCGAUCUUAAUAUUCCGAGGGAAUGGAUAAUCAACGUAUCAAAUACGUAGUGUAUGUUAACGAGCAAGCUAUUAUCCUUAAUAUUCUUACAACGCAGAAGUAGUUACGGCUCGCUGAGAAAUGUAUAAAAGGACGUUUUUAGUCCAUAGGCUCAGUUGUUUUUCUUCCGAGGCUCGCUGUGUGUUUCUCGAGAAUCCAGUUCAUCAUGAAAAUCAUUAUAUUAAUUUCGCUUCUAUUAGCGUUAUUGAUUCAAUUAUGUAGCGCACAGUUUGGAUUAGAGAGCAUGCUUGGCAUGGGAGGAAGACGAGGCAACGGUCGCAGAGGAAGCUGGAGCAAUGGUUAUAAUAUGGGUGGAAAUAUGGGACGAGGAAUGGGAUACGGUAUGGGAGGAGGAUACAAUAUGGGGCAAGGAUACGGAGGAGGUAUGGGAGGAUACGGAGGUAUGGGAGGAUAUGGACGAUAAAAAUGAGGAUAUUGGGCGGGGAAACGCAUCAAUAAAAGAUAUCUUUUAAUUCUCAACUACAUGGAAAUACGGAACGUAUUACAUAUCUUUCUUAUAGAUUAAAUAAAUAUAUGUGUAAAAAUCAG